CGCGACUCCGCCAGCGUUCAGCUCCCCAUCAUCCAUAGUCGACCGUUGCGCAUGCAAUUCGCAUUGCGUCCCAGGUGUUCAACAUGGUCCGCGAGGACCUCAUAACGUCUGCUAUCUCUUUCCUUCAAGAUCCUUCUGUCGCCACUGCACCUCUUGAGAAGCGCAUCGCCUUCCUCCAAUCAAAGAACCUUACGCAGGAAGAGGUCGACAUCUCGCUCGCUCGCGCAGCCGAAGACCCCAGCCAACCCACGUCUCUUCCACCGCAAUCCUCUGCACCACCCAGUCAUGCCUACAGGCAACCGCCAUCAGCCCCAGCAUAUGGGGGAUAUCCCCCUCAAGGUUAUUGGCAACAACCUCCACCACCAGAACCUCCGAAACGUGAUUGGCGGGACUACUUCAUCAUGGCGACGGUCAUGGGCGGUGUAAGCUAUGGGCUGUACUUUACAGCGAAGCGUUACAUUCUACCUCUGAUUCAGCCGCCCACACAGCCCCAGCUAGAGCAGGACAAAGCCUCCGUCGACGAGUCGUUCAAGCGCGCGUUCGACCUUCUAGAGCAGCUCAAUACCGACACCUCAGCACUCAAGGCAUCAGAAGAGGCAAGGACAUCAAGAUUAGACAAUGCCCUUGGUGAGAUCGAGAGCGUGUUGGUGAGCUUGAAGGAGUCGUCCAAGAGACAGGGGGAUGAUAACAGGCGCAUUGAAGAUGAUGUGCGUGGCUUGAGGGAUUUGAUCCCGAAAGCACUGGAUGCGCAGAAGGAGUCGACCGACAACAGAUUGAAGGAAUUAUCAACGGAGCUCAAGAGUUUGAAGACUCUUGUGGGUAAUAGGAUGGGUUCUGGAACCGCGCGACCGCCUACUACCACCCCAAGCUAUUAUGGUACAGGCCAGUCUCAGAGCCCUACCCCAACCCCCAAUGUCAAUGGCACACCUGCCGCUCCGACACCCGCAUCACAGCCUACUUCCACUCCUGUGCCUAGCGAGCGAAAGAAUAGCAGCAGCGCUAGCGAAGCUCAAGGAAGUGGCGGUGCUACAUCCACAUCUGCACCCACACCUUCUGUAGAAAAACCGGCGCCUUCCUCAAUCAGGGGUUUGCCUAGCGGACGAGCAGCAAUCCCAGCAUGGCAGAUGGCUGCACAGAAGAAGUCCGAGGAGGCUAAGAAAGAUACGAGUGCGAGCGGAACCGCGGUCGAUGCCAGCCCCAGCUCAUAGGAAGUCCGUGGCUACCUCGUGUAAUCGUAAUGUCAUUGCAUUUUGGCGUAAACUUUCUAUAUAUGUAUUACCCUGCAGAUCAAAUUUCAUCGCUCGUCACUAGAUCCACAAUGAGAAUAAGACUGAAGUCUUAGAGAUGUGACUCCUUGUCUCAGCGACCGAUCAAUUUUGCUUAUCUUAAAGCCUGGACAAAGAGCACCCUAGCUAAAUGUUGACGUCGACUAUCAUACAUUUCCUCCUUGAUGGAGGAACUUGUCAAGACCAGCUCGCAUGCUAAUCUGGGCAAACAUGCCUGUAAUCGCAGAAG